AUGUCCGAACCCAUGACAGAUGCUGACAAGAUCAGAAACAAACGAUUGGCCAAGUUACAACAAGCUCAAGCUCAGCAACCAGAAAACUCUCCACCAGAAGCCGUAGUCACAGAUGCUUCGCCCGAGAGCAAGCAAACGACGACAGAAUUCACCAAUGAUGGCAAGACCUCUGCAUCCAUGACAGCCCCAGCACUAUCGGACCCAAGCAAUACAGCGCCACAACCUCCCUCAUCCUCGAUACCUACUCAUACAGCCCCACGUAUAAACAUAUCUCGAGCAAUAACACCACAGAAGCGAGAAAUGAACGGCACACAACGGUCUUCCUCGCGGCCCUCCUCCAGGUCUUCCUCUCGUCAACCAGAUAUGAAUAAGGCGGCUGAGUCGAUAGAGCAAUGGGGAGAUCGCAUAUUGAGAAACAUCUUUCGCCUCAGUCUAGAUCCAGAACAGAAGAAAGACCAGAACGGCCAUGACUUGCACGUCCUGUCAAACCUAAGGGAGGAGUUGCAGGCAGACGGUCAAGAACUCAGACUGAGAACAGACCUGUUAGAACAAGCUAUUAUGGAAGCAGGAGCAGAUUUAGGAAGGUCCACCCCUCAUGACUGGCUGUUCGCUUGCUGGAAACGGGUCUUGAGGUUAUACAAGUCCAUCAAGGACAGAACGCCGGAGAACCAGAAAUGGACUAUACUACAGGAGGCACGAAGGUUGUGCUUCAGCUGGUGUAUCUUGUCCAUCACAACUCCAGAAAUAUUCAACGCCGAAUACGAUGGCAGCAAGGCAUUCGCAGACCACUUACUUCAACAUCCUGAUGAUGACCAGGGUGUCUGCCAUGACUUUAUGUUAGAGGCGGUCGCGAGGUGGGCCGACGAUGACACUAUUCCUCCUGUCUUUGUUGCUGCGGUAGAAGAUUUGAGUAUACGACUGUCAGCCUUAACUAUGGAUGAUGAUUACAGUCCAUACAUGAGCUUAAUGAGGCGGUUGGUGACUUUCAAACCUGUCAUACUGGCACUUACGGAGUCUCCGCACUUCUGUGAUAAGUCCGUACCUGCUGCGGAAUUAGAAACGAGAACCACUUUGGGUCCCUUCUUUCAGCUCUCCCCUUUGCAGGCCAAAGUCACCAGCCAGUACUUUGCAGGCCCCAAAACAAUGGAUCAAGGCCGAAUAAGGAACGCUCAGCAAGCGCUACAGAUGUCCCUGCGGGCUCAUCAGACGGAGCUCUUUGACAUCGUGGAUCCCAUGGUCAGAGCUUCGCCACAAUCUCGAGAGAGACUUCUGGACUGGUUCGCUUUGGCCAUCAACUUGAACCACAAGCGACAAGCUAUCAGAGUGGACAAGAAGACUGUGUCCUCUGAUGGUUUCAUGCUGAACAUCAAUACAGUCCUUGACCGCCUAUCGGAACCUUUCAUCGACGCAAGGUUUACUAAAAUCGACCGGCCACAGCUCGACUAUUUCAGAAGAAGUCCUCGAGUCGACAUAACGGACGAAACCAAGUUGAAUGCUACCGACGAAGAGUCCCAGAAGUUUUACUCGACUUCCAUUGAAGGGCAGAACAAUUUUAUCUCGGAGGUCUUCUUCCUAACGGUUGCUGCUCAUCAUUAUGGCCUAGAGGCAACGCGAAAGACCUUGAAGGACAUGGAGCGUGAGCUAAAGCACAUGGAAAAACAGCUGGCUCAAUUCGAAGAAGAACGACAAAAAUACAUCACGAAUCCCGCCCAGCUAGCCAUGUUCGAGAAUGCGCUUAAGAAGUACAAAGAUCAGCUCGAAAAAGGCCUCUCCUAUAAGUUUGCCAUACAAGGUGUUCUCACGGACGAGCAAUCACAGGCGCGUGCGAUGCAGUUUAUGCGAUUCGUCACAGUCUGGCUUUUGCGUCAAAUGUCUGGUGGUACCUUUCCUGAGAAACAGCUAUCACUGCCCUUUCCAUCUCAGCCGGAUGCCCUUAAAUGCCUACCGGAAUACUUUCUGAAUGUAAUCUCUGGCAAUUUUGCGUUCAUUCUGUACAACUUGCCUCAGAUAAUUACAUCUACGCAGUCAGAUGAGCUGAUCAUGCUCUGCAUAGCUUUCCUCGAAAGCUCAGGAUUUAUCAAGAAUCCCUAUCUCAAAGCAGAGCUAAUUACGAUACUGUAUCGAGGCACUGCGCCCUACAGAUAUGGUGGCCCUGGAAUCUUGGCGAAUCAGUACAAUGCAUUGCCGUUUGCAACCGAGCACCUUAUGCAUGCUGUCAUGAGGUUCUUCAUCGAGGCCGAGUUCAUGGGUGGUCACACGCAGUUCUUCGACAAAUUCAACAUCCGAUUCGAAAUCUUCCAAAUCAUCAAGUGCAUUUGGCCCAACCCGGUCUAUAGACAAAAGUUGCUGAAGGAAGCAAAAGUCAAUCUGGACUUCUUUGUUCGGUUUGUUAACUUACUCCUCAAUGAUGUCACGUUCGUCCUAGAUGAGUCGUUUACUGCUUUCCACAGCAUAAACAAUCUUUCACAGGAGCUUGCAACGAGCGGCAGCACAGUCUCGGAAGAGGAAAGAAAGGAGAAAGAAGAGGCCCUGGAAUCUGCCAAGAGCAAGGCGAAGUCCUACAUGCAACUCACCAACGAGACUGUCCAUAUGCUCAAGCUCUUCACGGAAGCGCUUGGUGACGCGUUCACUAUGCCCGAGAUUGUCCAACGUCUGGCAGACAUGCUUGACUACAACCUUGAGGCUAUGGUACCGCCAAAGGCAUCGAGCCUCAAAGUUGAAAAUCCUAAGGAAUACAAUUUUGAUCCGAAAGCCCUCUUGAACGAAAUCGUCGACGUCUACAUGAACCUGAUGAACAAGGAGAACUUUGUCCUAGCCGUAGCACGAGACGGUCGUUCCUACAAGCCCCAGAACUUUCAGGCCGCGCGACAAAUUAUGCAACAGAAAGUCCUGAAAUCACCUGAAGAGAUCCGGCGUUGGGACACCCUAGUCAAGAAGUUCGCUUUAGCGAAAGAAGAAGAUGAGGCUGCUGAUGCGGAUCUGGGCGAAAUACCAGACGAAUUCCUCGACCCACUCAUGUACACACUAAUGGACGAUCCCGUCAUAUUACCCACAUCCAAGAACAUCCUCGACCGAAGCACCAUCCGAAGUCAUCUGCUCAGCGACCCGAACGACCCCUUCAACCGCCAACCGCUCAAGAUUGAGGACGUCAUACCAGCGACUGAGAUCAAAGCACAGAUCCAAAAAUUCAAAGACGAGCGACUUAGUGGACGAAAGAAGGAAUUCGUCGAGACUGUCCAGGUCGAAAGCAAAGGCGAAGAGGGUCAGACCUUGGGCGAUGUAGCCAUGACCGAACGAGAACCGACACAAGUCGCUGCGAGUACUGGUCCGAAUGCUAUGGAUACCGGUAUAUAG